CGGAAACAUUGCGGGGCCACAGCGACAACAACCACGACCAGCACCAGACCAUUAGACAGAGCUACUCAUCCAUGCCAGCGCCAAAGGAGUUCAAGCGCGUCGUAGUCGACCUCAACGAAGACCCAGACGCAGACAACGAAACGACCCCCGGGCCGCUCUCCCCCAUUGAGCAUGAUCUCGAAUUAGAAGAACUCGACUCCGACAUCUUCAGGUCUAAACGGCCUCUCUGGCGACCCGCUGCAGCGCGCGCAAUCUUUGGUGGUAGCAUUCUGAGCCAGUGCUUGGCAUCUUGUGCACGGACAGUGCCCGAGGGAUACAUCAUCCACUCCCUCCACUCCUACUUUGUGUUGCCUGGAGAUGAGACACGACCCAUUGUCUACCAUGUCGAGCGUGUGCGGGACGGCAAGUCGUACUGUACACGCACAGUGCAGGCACGGCAGCGAAAUAAGUGCAUCUUGACGAUGACUUGCUCCUUCCAGCGUCAUGAAGAGUCAAGCCUAACGCAUCAAGUCACCAUGCCACAAGUGCCAGAACCCGAUGCGCUGCUUGCACCCAAGGACAUGCUGGCUCGCUCAAAGCGCAUGAUUGUCGACCCUGUCUUGCGCGCAAAGAUUGAAGCAGAAGCAGCCGUCAGUCCAAUCGAAUCGCGCAUGGUCCUCUUCCAGCAAAAGGACAAGAAACCAGACGAGAGGCACGUCGCUUUGUGGGUCAAGGCGAAAGGUCAAAUUUCUGGCGACUUCCAUGCUCAUGCUGCGGCAAUUGCCUAUUUUUCAGACUCCUGGUUCUUGUCUACGGCACUCCGUGUGAACAACAAGACUCCGCAACAUGCAAGUAUGAUGGCCAGUCUGGAUCACUCUAUUUAUUUCCACAAACAGGCACGCGCCGACGAAUGGUUGCUCUAUGAUAUGAAUUCUACAUGGAGUGGACGUGGUCGUGGUCUGGCACACGGUCGGAUCUUUACAAAGGAUGGGGACCUCAUAGCAGAGUGUGUUCAGGAAGGCCUCAUUCGCAUGAAGUUGUAGGGCAUCAGGUGGACCACCAGCGGCAUGGCGACCGUCGCGCACGCACCUGCAACUCAGAAGCCAUUAAUACACUUGUACUAAUCAGCCUAUUCUACGACCUGUGAUUACCUGGAUGAUCAUGGAUACUGUGCGACUGCCAUGUCUCGCAGCAGGGCC